GCGGCCGGGGCGGGUGCGAGCUGCUCCGCCCGGGGGAACGCGCGGGGCCGGGGGGACAGCGGCAGCGCGGCGCCUCCACCCCCAGGCAGCGUGCCCCGCCAGACAUCGCUGCGUUCCCAUCCGGCCCCUCGGGACAUCCUGGCCUGUUGCUAAUUGUUGAGAGCUGUCCGGAGUCCUUCUCCACACGAUCCUGCUGUGCUCCAUCCCGCUGUGCUCCCGAGGUGUGGCGUUCCCUGCUCCGAUGACAGCUCGCACCAGGAUGCUGAGCAGCGGCCGCCGGCAGGGAGUGAGGCCUGUGGUGGGCACGGAACCAUAAAGACACGGCCAAGGGUUCUGAGAGCACGAGUGAAGAGUCUGAGCUGACCCAAAAGCUGUCUCCAGGGGGGACCAAGCCCCAGCUGGAUGUCAUAGGAAGUGCAGAGCCCUCCGCGAACUGGAGUUCAAGGGGAUGCUGAUUGAGGGACCAAAAAUGUGAGCUUGGGACGGCAGCCUCUCCUUCCUGGCUUGGUGUGCUCCCAGUGCUUGGUGCAGGGACCUUCUAGCAUGCUCCUCCAGCCAGGCCACUCAGUGGGUGCCAGUAGCGGCCGCUCGGGUCCAGGGACACCAGGCUGACUCUACACCGACUGGCACUGGACCUGCCAAGCAGGAAUUGUGUUGGUGCUUCUGGAGCAGCUGGUCCAGAGAUCUGCUCUUGGAAAGGCUUUGGACACCUCUUCCUCUGCCUGCAUACUUCUGAAGAGUCAGUGCUGGGCAUUAAAUGCAGCUUAGCCCAACUCAGCUGCUGUGUGUGAGUUUCUUCUGGGCUAAAGUUGGGCCAGAACCAGUUUCAAGGCAGCUGAAAGAAGAACCGACCUUCCUUUCUCCAGCGUGCUGGGAUCUUUGCAGCAGCCCAUGCCGCAGCGCCUCGCCUGUUCCACCCGAGCUGCCCAUGCCACUGGCUUGGACCUAACCUAGGCUAAAUCUCAGCGUGGCCUGGGUAGGGGGGAACCAUGGGGAGCUCUGCCUCAUCGCUGGCCGCAGAGACGGAGUCGGACCAUGGCUUCAGUAGCUCGCCCUACCCGGGGCACCCGGCCGUGGGCUGGUAUAGGAGCAGUCCCGGUGGCCCCGUGUGGGAAAGUGCCCUUAUAACGCGGCAGCACCAGCACUUACAGCACCGGCUGCGAAGCCACUCCCACUCUCCCGGCUCCAUGGCUGCCGUCCGCGAGUGGUCCUGCACCCGCUGCACCUUCCUGAACCCCGUGGGCCAGCGCCAGUGCUCCAUCUGCGAGGCCCCCCGGCAGAAGCCCGACCUCAACCACAUCCUGCGGCUCAGCGUGGAGGAACAGAAGUGGGCCUGUGCCCGCUGCACCUUCAGGAACUUUCUGGGCAAGGAAACCUGUGAGGUGUGUGGCUUCACCCCGGAGCCGGGACCCAGUGGCUCCCCUUUGCCCGUCAUCAAUGGCAUCUUGGCCAAGCCUGCCGUGCUGGUGGAGCCCAAGGGCACGUCCAAGGAGGAGGCUGCCAAAGCGGAAAGCAGCAGCGAGGACUCGGAGGGAAAGAGCCCCGAUGAAGCGGAGCUGGAGAGCGGCUGGGCUUGCCAGCGCUGCACCCUGCACAACACGCCCGUGGCCAACUCCUGCUCUGCCUGUGGUGGCCCACGCAAGCUCUCCCUGCCCAAGAUCCCACCAGAGGCGCUGGUCGUCCCUGAAGUCAUCACCCCGGCCGGAUUCCACAUGGCCCCCUCCACCCCGCAGCCUUUAGUCCCUGCAGAGACCUCUGAUGGUGAUGCCGUGGCCACCCAGGGCCCGGUGGCUAUGGAACAAGAGGCCCAGAAGAUACCAGCCUUCAGCCCCUUCUCCCCAGGGCUCCAGAACAACCCUGUGCCCCGAAGCCGGCGGGAGGUGCCCCCACAGCUGCAGAUGCCGGGCCCCGAAGGCUCCCAGCCUGCGGCUGCGGGCGCCGCGGGGCAGAAGGGCUCUCCCCAAGGCCAGGCCAGGGCUGCCCCUGCCGCGCGCUUCCCCGACCUGCUGUCCAACAAACGGCUGAGCGUGCUGGAGGAGGAGAUGGAGGUCAGUCCGUCCCACUGGAAGUGCAGCUCCUGCUCCCUGCUCAACUCCGCCGGGGCCGGCAAGUGCGAGGUUUGCAGCACCCAAAAAGGCAGCGACACCAUCAACCUGGUGGGGGACUCAGUGCGGUUCACCCCGUGCAGCCCCUCCAGCCCUGACUUCACCACCUGGUCCUGUUCCAAGUGCACCCUCAAGAACCCCACGCAGGCCCAGAAGUGCAAGGUGUGCGGCUCCUCCAAGCUGCACGGCUUCCAGGAGCACGGGGCGCCGGGCGAGCCGGCCCCGCGCUGCCCCGACUGUGGCGCCUGCGACAGGGCCGGCUGCUCCUGCGGCACCAAGGCCCCGUCCGCGCGCAAGGUGGCCCGGCUCUUCCCGGCCCCGCUGCCCAGCGGGCAGGAGAGGCCAGGCCAGUGGGCCUGUCCUGCCUGCACUCUGCUGAACGAGGUGAAGGCCAAGCACUGCGGCGCCUGCCACACGCCCCAGCAGUACGUGGCCCAGCGCAAGGGCCUCAAGCCCCUCAAGAGGAGGGAGAGCAUGCACGUGGAGAAGAGGAGGCAAACGGAUGAGGGCGAGGCCAAAGCCCUGUGGGAAAACAUCGUGACCUUCUGCCGGGAGAACAAAGUCAAUUUUGUAGACGACAGUUUCCCCCCUGGGCCCAAGUCCGUGGGGUUCCCGGAAGGUGACAGCGUGCAGCAGCGGGUGAAGCAGUGGCUGCGGCCCCACGAGAUCAACUGCAGCAUCUUCAAGGACCGGUCAGUGAAGUGGUCAGUGUUCCGCACACCCCGGCCCUCGGACAUCCUGCAGGGACUGCUGGGAAACUGCUGGUUCCUGAGUGCCCUGGCCGUGCUGGCCGAGCGGCCGGAGCUGGUGGAGAGGGUGAUGAUCACCAGGACCCUGUGCCCCGAGGGUGCCUACCAGGUGCGGCUGUGCAAGGACGGCACGUGGACCACAGUGCUGGUGGAUGACAUGCUGCCCUGCGACGAGUGCGGGUACCUGCUCUUCUCCCAGGCCCAGAGGAAGCAGCUGUGGGUGGCCCUCAUCGAGAAGGCGCUGGCCAAGCUGCACGGUUCGUACUUCGCCCUCCAGGCCGGGCGUGCCAUCGAAGGCCUGGCCACGCUCACGGGGGCCCCCUGCGAGAGCCUGAUGCUGCAGGUCAGCUCCACUAACCCUCGCGAGGAGUCCAUUGACACUGACCUCAUCUGGGCCAAAAUGCUGAGUUCUAAGGAGGCUGGGUUCCUCAUGGGCGCGUCCUGUGGCGGAGGCAACAUGAAGGUGGAUGACGUGGCCUACGAGAGCAUGGGGCUCCGGCCCCGGCACGCCUACUCCAUCCUGGACGUGCGGGAUGUGCAGGGCUUCAGGUUACUGCGUCUCCGGAACCCCUGGGGCCGCUUCUCCUGGAACGGCAGCUGGUCGGACGAGUGGCCGCACUGGCCGCUCCCCCUGCGCCACGACCUGAUGCCCCAUGGCAGCAGUGAGGGCGUCUUCUGGAUGGAGUACAGCGACUUCAUCAAGUAUUUUGACUCUGUGGAUAUCUGCAAGCUCCAUUCGGACUGGCACGAGGUGCGUGUGCAGGGCAUGUUCCCCAACAAGGCCAACGGGCCGGUGACGGUGACGUCGCUGACGGUGUUGGAGCGCGCAGCCCUGGAGUUUGCCCUCUUCCAGGAGGGCAGCAGGAGGUCGGACACAGUGGACAGCCACUUGCUGGACCUGUGCAUCAUGGUUUUCCGGGCCACCUUCACCAGUGGGAACAAGCUGAGCCUGGGCCGGCUGAUGGCCCACAGCAAACGAGCCGUCAAGAAGUUCGUCAACUGCGACGUGAUGCUGGAGCCAGGCGAAUACGCCGUCGUGUGCUGUGCCUUCAACCACUGGAGCGCUGCCCUGGCUGGCCCUGCUGCCCAGGCUUCCAGUCCCACCAGCAGCCGACCAGCCACUGAUUAUUCCAGCUACAUCCUGGCCAUCUACAGCUCCCGCCUGGUGAUGGUGGAGCAGGUGGAGGCACAGCCCACAACACUGGCAGAUGCCAUCAUCCUGCUGACCGAGAACAAGGGCGAGCGCCACGAGGGCCGUGAGGGGAUGACCUGCUACUACCUGACCCACGGCUGGGCGGGGCUCAUCGUGGUGGUGGAGAACCGGCACCCCAAGUCCUACCUGCACGUGCAGUGCGACUGCACCGACAGCUUCAACGUGGUGUCCACACGCGGCAGCCUCAAGACACAGGACAGCGUCCCACCCCUGCACAGGCAGGUGUUGGUGAUCCUGUCCCAGCUGGAGGGUAAUGCUGGCUUCUCCAUCACGCACCGCCUGGCGCACCGCAAAGCCACCCAGGCCUUCCUCAAUGACUGGAUGCUGACGAAGGGCACCCACAACCCGCUGCUCACGCCCGAGGUCGCCGGGCUGCACGGCCCCCGGCCCCUAUGACGAAGCGCCUCCCCUUCCCCGCCCCGCUGCCCGUUCCUGUCACCGAGCCUCUGGCCCGGGGUGCCCCCCGAGCCGCCAGCGCUGAGCCGUGGGGCAGAGCCGGACUGGCACCCCCAGCACUUUGCCCCACACCACGGGGCCGGGGCGAGUUCUCAGGGCCAGCACCAGCCCUGCCCGCUGCCCCCCGCCCUGGCACUGCUGCCCCCACGCACUUUACGAGGAGCGGUUGGGGGCACGGGGCCAUCUCAGGAUCCCACCUGCCCCAUACCUGCGCUGGGCCCGGUGCCCUCUGCCCGCCCCAGGGGCUGUGGGAGAGGGAGGGGCUGGAGGUUGCUGUCAAGGCCCUUCCCAGGCACCACGCUCAGGACUCUGCCCCUUCCCGCGGCGCCAGGGUGCUGGCGCUGCAAAAAGAAGAAUAUACCUCUGAUGUCUGUCCGUCUGUGUGACCCUCCGUCUGUCCCCAGGCCCUUCCCGCUGUCUCGUUGCCCCCUUUGUCUGCUGCCAGGACCAGCGUGGCGCUGAGGUCAGGCCGGGGGGUGCCAGGGUCAUGCUGCCAUGGUGCCACCCAUGCCGGGGACCCCCCACCUACCCCACCCAUCCCAGGUGCCAGGGCUGGAGCGGGGGAGAGGGCACAGGGUUGUUGCAGAAAGCUGCUGCUGAGGGGUUUUCGCUGUAAUUGGGGUGAAACUCAGAGGUUUCAGCACCUCCUCCUCAGCUCCAGGUGGGGAGCGAGGCCUCGGGGUGCUGCUCGCGGGGGCUGCGGCCCCGGGCCCGCUCACCCUGUCACACAAGUGUCACUAUGCAAAGGCGGCCGGGGGGAGCAGUGCCUGCAGAGAAGCCAUGGCCCGAGCUGGGCUCAGCCCCCCGGGCACUGCCCUGUGGGCCCCCCCGUGCCCCAUGGAGGAAGGGGGGGCAGCAGGUACAGACCCGGGCUCGGGGAGCAGUUCCCUGGAGUUACCACGAGUCCGUGUGCUGGGGAGGGCAGGUUUUGGGGGGAAGGGGAGAGCCCCCUCCUCCAGAGCCCGAGUGCUGCAGGAGGCAGUGAGCACAAGGCGAGGGCUGCACCUCGGGGUGCUGCUGGCCCCGUGGGUGCUCCGAGGUGGGGGCUGAUCCUGGGGGGAGCUGCACCCCACGUUUUCAGGGCAUCGUGGCUCUCCGACUCGAUGUGUGUGUGUGUGUGUGUGUGUGUGUGUGUGUGUGUGUUUUGGGGGUCCCCCUGUGUGCCCUCUCCUUCCUGAGCUGUGUGGACCUUCAGCUGAGGGGGGUGAUGGGCAAUACUGGACCCUGUUCUGGCAGGGACUGUGCUGGGGGGUCUAGAACCCCAAAUCCUGCACCCCAAACCCUGCACCAGCGGCUGGGCUGGGCAGGGGGUGUGGGGGGCUCUGCCCAGCCU